CUAAAUGAAGUCAUGCGUGUAAUGUGCUCCUGCCCAGCAGGUAGAAUGUGGGUCCAUGAGUGUCAAAGGGUGUGAGCAGGCCAGCAGCCGGAUGCCCGGGCCCACUGGGCGGGCCGGCGGCCGCCUGCGGGAUGAGCAGACUGCUGGGGGGGACGCUGGAGCGCGUCUGCAAGGCUGUGCUCCUUCUCUGCCUGCUGCACUUUCUCGUGGCCGUCAUCCUCUACUUUGACGUCUACGCCCAGCAUCUGGCCUUCUUCAGCCGCUUCAGUGCCCGUGGCCCUGCCCGUGCCCUCCACCCAGCUGCCAGCAGCAGCACCAACUGCUCUCGGCCCAACGCCACUGCCCCCAGCUCUGGGCUGCCUGAGGUCCCCAGUGCCCAGCCUGGCCCCACGGCUCCUGUCCUGCCACCGUGUCCUGACUUGCCACCUGGUCUUGUUGGCCGGCUGCUGAUCGAGUUCACCUCACCCAUGCCACUGGAGCGGGUGCAGAGGGAGAACCCAGGCGUGCUCCUGGGCGGCCGCUAUACACCACCUGACUGCACCCCAGCUCAGACGGUGGCGGUCAUCAUCCCCUUUCGACACCGGGAGCACCACCUGCGCUACUGGCUCCACUACUUGCACCCCAUCUUGAGGCGGCAGCGGCUGCGCUAUGGCGUCUACGUUAUCAACCAGCAUGGUGAGGAAACUUUCAACCGGGCCAAGUUGCUCAACGUGGGCUUCCUAGAGGCGCUGAAGGAGGACGCUGCCUAUGACUGCUUCAUCUUCAGCGACGUGGACCUGGUCCCCAUGGAUGACCGCAACCUGUACCGCUGCGGUGACCAGCCCCGCCACUUCGCCAUUGCCAUGGACAAAUUUGGCUUCCGGCUGCCCUAUGCUGGCUACUUCGGAGGUGUGUCAGGCCUGAGUAAGGCCCAGUUUCUGAGAAUCAAUGGCUUCCCCAACGAGUACUGGGGCUGGGGUGGUGAGGACGAUGACAUCUUCAAUCGGAUCUCUCUGACUGGGAUGAAGAUCUCACGCCCAGACAUCCGAAUAGGCCGCUACCGCAUGAUCAAGCACGACCGGGACAAGCAUAACGAGCCCAACCCUCAGAGGUUUACCAAGAUCCAAAACACGAAGCUGACCAUGAAGCGGGAUGGCAUCGGGUCAGUGCGGUACCAGGUCUUGGAGGUGUCUCGGCAACCUCUCUUCACCAACAUCACAGUGGACAUUGGGCGGCCCCCAUCAUGGCCCCCUAGGGGCUGACACUAAUGGACACAGGCUCUUAGUGCCGAGGAUUGCCUGCCAGAAGACUGACCUACAGUCUGGCUGGUGGCUGCUCUGUGGAGGACCCCCAGGACUGAGACGUGGGCUCUGCUGUCUGAGGGUCUUCAAUAGGCCCCAGCUAUACAUGGAAGUUACAUCCCCCACUUUGGGGGGAUGCCAGCCUGGGCAGGCCCCACAAGUGUGGUCCUCUCUGGGGUCAACCCUCCUUCCUGCCCCACUCUCCCCAGCCCAGCCACCCUCACUGUCAGGGUCAGGCCAGCCCCUGCACUGCCUCGCGGAGUGGCCUGGGCUAGGUCACUCCACCUCUCUGUGCCUCAGUUUCCCCCCUUGAGUCCCCUAGGGCCUGGAAGGGUGGGAGAUAUGACUAGGGGCAGUGUCUCUUCCAGGGGGAGUUCUCAGACCCGAGGAUCCCCCAUGCUCCCAGGGGAGGGGAAACCUUUUUCAUUCAACAUUGUAGGGGGCAAGCUUUGGUGCACCCCCUGCUGAGGAGCAGCCCCCAGGAGGGGACCAGAGGGGAUGCUGUGUCGCUGCCUGGGAUCUUGGGGUUGGCCUUUGCAUGGGGGGCGGGUGGAGCUUGGAUCAGUCUGUCUGGUUCCCGCCUCCCUGUCUCAGAGAGGAGGCAGUAGCCCCAGGGCCGGCUCGUGUUUGUACAUUGCACAGAAACUUGUGUGGGUGCUUUAGUAAAAAACGUGAAUGGAGCA